AUGAUUGAGCGGUGGCAUCGAAGUCUCAAGGCGGCAAUAAUGUGUCACACCGAUCAAGAAUGGUCACAAUCGCUCUCCACUGUCUUCCUGGGACUCAGGUCCAACGUAAUGGAUAUUGGUUCGUCCCCCGCCGAGUUCGUUUUUGGAACUACCCUACGAAUCCAUGGCGAUUUUGUGCUUCCGGACAAUUUCGCUCUAGAUCCUUAUGUUUUCAUCCAAGAGUUUCGAGAACACAUGCGGAAAAUUAAGCCAGUCCCAGUAGACCAUAAAUAUAAAUGGAAACCAUUUCUUUUCAAAAAUUUAACUGUUUCCUCGCACGUAUUCAUGCGAAACCAUGCCAAGAAAUCCCUGGAGCGGCCCUACACUGGCCCGCAUAAAAUUAUAAACCGAACUUCGGACCGCUUCAACGAAAUCGAUAUCAACGGCGUUCCACGCCAAGUAUCCGUUGAGCACCUUAGGCCUGCUCACUUCAUGCGUGAGGACCUAGAAAGCAUUUUGCCAAUGCAGGGAGAUUUACCUAAAGUAACUGGUUUAGUUCCUCCCCUACGAACGUAUGCUAAGAAGCAAGUUACUUUUAAAUUUUAA